AUGGUCUCAACAUCUGUCCAAAGUCAAGUAUCAUAUCCAAGAGUUCUCUCGCUCAAACCAGGAGUGCAGAAUACAGCUGAAGUUGCAGAUCUGAUUCACAGUACUCAGGAUGGAAGAAAUAGAGAUCAUGCUAAUGAUUUGGUAGAUGAACUGCUUGAAAAGCAAAAACCACUUGUUACUGGUUCUCCUAUCCUUGAUAAAAUGGAUUCUUCAGUAGUAACCUCCAAAUUAAGUUCAAAGACCAUCUUUUCACCUACUUUGGAGUCUCUUGGCACAUAUAAUGAUUCUGAUAUACCAAGUGAUAGAGACACUGCAGUAGCUAGCUAUAGUCAAGAGUGCAGAACAUCUGGAGAAAUUGUCGUUCAGUCAGAUGAUUCAAACUUAUACAUGGAAAUUCACCAUCUCAGAUCAUUUAAACAAUCUGAUGCUUUUACCAUGAAAGAGCAUGUUGUCUAUGUGAAUCAGAGGCCUCACCUCUGGACAUUUUUGGAGAGAGUUGCAGAGAUAUUUGAAGUUGUAAUUUUUACCACUAGUCAGAGCAUAUAUGCAAAGAAACUGUUGGAUAUUCUGGAUCCAGAUGGAAAGAUUAUUUCAAGAUGUGCAUAUCGUGAAUCAUGCAUCCUCUGA